AUGCCUCGGGCACUCCCCUGGGUGAAAACCCGCGCUUCCACCUCUGCCUCCUCUUCAUCAAAACCUUCCACCAGACCGCCACCAACACCACCGCAACCACCAUCGCCGCCGCUGAAAGGAAAACUCGAACGCAACUUCUCCACCUCCUCACCCCUCCACAAUGCUCCCGGGAACGAAGGCCCCGCCCCGGACGAGGCGGCAAUCGAAUACAUGACUCCCCAGGACAAUGCGUACAUAAUGGUCGAGGACGAACUCUUGACCACCGCCCAGCUCUACACGCGCUCCCUCCACCGCGCGGAAUACAGCCGCUUGCAGGCCGCCGCUGCGCUCAAGAAUGCGCACCGAAUCAGCGAUAUACAGCGGCCCGUGGACGGGGUUACGAGAAUGAGCCGGGAGGCCAUUAUGCGUGGGAGGAGGGGGGCGAGGGUUGCUGCUUUGGGACUGGAUGGGGGUAGCGGUAGCAGUAGCGAUGAGGAUGGAGAAGGGUGGGGGGGGGCUCUAGGGAAAUUGAUGAGCGGGAGGGGUAGCAGUGGCGGCUGUGCCAAGGGAAGGCUGGGGGAGAAGUGGAAGGGGAGGGGAGGGGGAGGGGGAGGAACGAGGGCUGCAGCGGGGUUCACGGAUUCGCAGGUCGUGGGUGGAGGGGCGGCGGCCAGGGGGGUUAAAGUCAAGGUGGAGAAGCAGGAGGACGAGGAGGAGGAUAUUAUGGCGCCGAUACUCCGGCUUCGGGAAAGGGGAAAAAAUGCUAGAAAUACCAGCCCUUCCGCCACCGGGUUGAAUAUCAAGCGAGAACAGGCCUCGGGUACAGACACACCCUCAGACGAUGACCUUGACGCCCCAGUUCACUCCUUCCGGACACCCUCCGUGCCACCUUUAUCCUCCAUCCCCCCUUCCACCAACAGCCGCAACCAAGCCAGGCCGAUAAAGCGUCCCCCAUCCCCCCCACCCCUACAACCACCGAAUCCCCGUAAGCGCCGCGAUUCAAUCCCCACCACCACUUCUACCUCCUCCACCUCCCUCUCCAGCACUACAAGCACUUCUGCGCCGCAGUCGAGAACUACUUCGUUUUCGAAAAUCAUAGGCUUUGAUGAUGACCCGCUGUUCUUGCUGCCGAAACCGCUAGAGAAGAGUAGCACGUAUCGCGGGAAAUCGAUGGCCGCUAGGAGGAGGGCAGAGGGGGAGAAUAGUAGAAGUGGGGUAGCGGAUGGGGACUUGGGGGAUAAGAGGGAGAAGGAGAGGGAGAGGAGGCUGUUCGACACUCUGAAGUCUUUU